AUGCCCUCUACAUCUUUGUUAGUAAAUCUUCUUUCAGCUUUACUCAUCCCUUUAACAUUUGGAGAAACAGAAAUAAGAUUUGCUGGGCACACAGAAUUUGUUGUUAACGAGACAAGUACGACAGUUAUCCGUCUUAUCAUCGAAAGAAUAGGAGAGCCCGCAAAUGUCACCGCACUUGUGUCGCUGCACGGGGAAGACACUGGCGACUUUUUGGACACGUAUGCUGCAGCUUUUAUCCCUGCUGGAGAAACCAACAGGACUGUGUACAUAGCCGUGUGUGACGAUGACCUGCCGGAGCCUGAUGAGACUUUUAUUUUUCACUUAACAUUACAGAAACCUUCAGCAAAUGUGAAGCUUGGCUGGCCAAGGACUGUUACUGUAACAAUAUUAUCCAAUGACAACGCGUUUGGAGUUAUUUCAUUUAAUAUGCCCUCCUCGGUCACAGCGAGGGAGCCCAGGGGCAGAAAUGAGUCCGUGCCUCUCAUCCUCGUCAGGGAAAAGGGGACCUAUGGGGUGGUCGCUGUGACCUUUGAGGUCGAGGGUGGCCCAAACCCCCCAGAAGAAGAUCUGAGCCCAGUCAGUGGGAAUAUCACCUUUCCCCCUGGCAGAGCAACGGUGAUUUAUAACUUGACAGUGCUGGAUGAUGAGGUGCCAGAAAACGAUGAAAUAUUUUUGAUUCAACUCAAAGGUGUAGAAGGAGGGGCUGAGAUUAACGUAUCUAGGAAUUCAGUUGAGAUCAUCAUUAAGAAAAAUGAUGGUCCCGUGCGAUUUUUCCAGAGCACUUAUUUGGUACCCGAGGAAGACCACGUACUUAUAAUUCCAGUGGUCCGUGGAAAGGAUAACAAUGGAAAUCUGAUUGGAUCUGAUGAAUAUGAAGUUUCAGUCAGAUACACAGUUAUCACUGGGAAUUCCACUGCACAUGCCCAGCAAAAUAAGGACUUCAUUGAUCUUCAGCCCAACACGACUAUUGUUUUUCCUCCUUUGAUUCAUGAGUCACAUCUGAAAUUUCAAAUAGUUGAUGAUGCCAUACCAGAGAUUGCCGAAUCGUUUCACAUCAUGUUGCUGAAGGAGAGCUUACGGGGAGAUGCUGUGCUAACAGGGCCUUCUGUCGUGCAAGUCACCAUUAAGCCAAAUGACAAACCUUAUGGCGUCCUCUCAUUCAACAGCAUCCUGUUUGAAAGGCCGGUUAUAAUUGAUGAAGACACAACUUCGAGAUUCGAAGAAAUCUCAGUGGUUAGAAAUGGUGGCACCCACGGCAAUGUCUCUGUGAACUGGGUGCUGACGAGGAACAGCAGUGACCUCUCCCCAGUGACGGAAGACAUCAGACCAAGCGCUGGGGUGCUGCACUUCGCACAGGGGCAGAUGGUGGCCUCAGUUUCUCUGACCGUCAUUGAUGAUGAUGUCCCGGAAGAGGCCGAAGCUUAUCUACUGAGAAUUCUGCCCCACACCAUAUGGGGAGGUGCCGAAGUGAGCGAGCCAGCCGAGCUUUUGUUCUACAUCCAGGAUAGUGAUGACGUUUAUGGACUAAUAACAUUUUUUCCUAUGGAUAACCAGAGGAUUGAAAGCAGUCCAGGUGAACGCUGCUUGUCCCUGAGUUUUACAAGACUAGGGGGAGCCAAAGGAGAUGUGCAAGUGCUCUAUUCUGCAUUUUAUAUUCCUGCUGGCGCUGUGGACCCUUUUAGGGCGAAAGAUGGCAUCUUAAAUGUGUCCAGGAGAAACAGCCUCAUCUUCCCGGAACAUACAACCCAAGUUGCCAAAAACUUGCCGAUAAGAAGUGAUGCGUUCCUUCAGAAUGGAGCCCACUUCCUAGUGCAGUUGGAUACUGUGGUAUUGGUGAAUAUAUUUCCUCCAAUUCCACCUGUAAGUCCUAGAUUUGGGAAAAUUCGGAAUAUUUCUUUAGUCAUUACUCCAGCCAUUGCAAAUGGAGAAAUUGGCUUCAUUAGCAAUCUUCCAAUCGUUUUGCAUGAACCAGAAGAUUCUGCAGCUGAAGUGGUAUACAUUCCUUUGCAUCGGGACGGAACUGACGGCCAGGCCACUGUCUACUGGAGUUUGAAGCCCUCUGGCUUUAAUUCACAAGCCGUGACCAUGGAUGAUAUCGAGCCCUUUAGUGGCUCUGUUGUAUUUUUAUCUGGGCAGAGUGACACAACGAUCAACAUUACUGUCAAAGCGGAUGACAUUCCAGAGAUGAACGAAACUGUAACACUUUCUCUAGACAGAGUUAAUAUAGAAAACGAGGUGCUGAAAUCCGGGUAUACGAGUCGUGACCUGGUUAUUCUGGAAAAUGAUGACCCUGGAGGAGUUUUUGAAUUUUCUCCUGCUUCCAGAGGCCCCUAUGUUAUAGAUGAAGGAGAUUCUGUAGAGCUCCACAUUAUUCGAUCCCAGGGGGCUCUUUUAAAGCAGUUUCUAUACUACCAAGUAGAGCCGCGGGAUAGCAAUGACUUCUACGGAAACAUGGGUGUCCUGGAGUUCCAGCCCGGGGAAAGGGAAAUCGUGAUCACCCUGCUGUCAAGACUGGACGGUAUUCCAGAGCUGGACGAGCACUUCCGGGUGGUCCUCAGCAGCCACGGAGCAAGGGAAAGCAAGCUGGGACGCGCCACGGCUGUCAACAUAACAAUCCUGAAAAACGACCACCCUCACGGGGUGAUAGAAUUCGUCUCCGGUGAUCUCACUGUGACGAUAAAUGAAAGCAAAGGAGACGAUAUCUAUAGUGCUGUUUACGGUGUAAUAAGAAAUCGAGGCAGCUUUGGUGAUGUGGGCGUGUCUUGGGGAGUAAGUCCCGACUUUACACAAGAUGUAUUUCCUGUGCAAGGGACUGUUUUCUUUGGUGAUCAGGAAUUUUCAAAAAACAUCACCAUAUACUCCCUUCCAGAUGAGAUUCCAGAGGAAAUGGAAGAAUUUACCGUUACGCUUCUUAAUGCAACUGGAGGAGCUCAAGUGGGAAAUAAAACAACCGCAACCCUGAGAAUCAGAAGAAACGACGACCCCAUCUAUUUUGCAGAACCUCGCAUAGUACGGGUUCAGGAAGGGGACAUGGCGAACUUCACUGUUCUAAGAAAUGGAUCUGUCGGUGUGACCUGCUCUGUCCAGUACGCUACUGUGGAUGGGAAGGCAACUGCCAGAGAUGGCGACUUUGUUCCUACUGAAAAAGGAGAAACCCUGGUGUUUGCCAUUGGCAGUAGAGAGCAGAGCCUCUCCGUGUAUGUUAAUGAAGAUGGUGUCCCAGAAACUGAUGAGCCCUUCUAUAUAAUGCUCUUUAACUCCACAGGUGAUACAGUAGUAUAUAAAUAUGGAGUUGCCACAGUUAUAAUUGCAGCUAAUGAUGACCCAAAUGGCAUUUUCUCUCUGGAGCCCAUAGACAAAACAGUAGAAGAGGGAAAGACUAAUACAUUUUGGAUCGUGAGGCAUCGUGGGCACUUUGGAAACGUUUCUGUGGGCUGGCAGCUCUUUCAGGAGGGCUCUGCCCUGCAGCCAGCACAGGAGUUCUACGAAACCUCGGGGACAGUCCACUUCAUGGAGGGAGAGGGAGCAAAGCCGAUCGUUCUCCACGCUGUCCCAGACGAUAUUCCUGAAUUCAAUGAAUUGUAUGUUCUAAAGCUCAUAAACAUUUCAGGUGGGUCUCCAGGUCCUGGGGGCCAGCUAGCAGAAACCAACCUGCAGGUGACAGUAAUGAUUCCAUUCAAUGAUGAUCCUUUUGGGAUCUUCAUCUUGGACCCGGAGUGUUUAGAGAGAGAAGUGGCAGAAGACGUCCUUUCAGAGGACGACAUGUCUUACAUUGCCAGCUUUACCGUUCUGAGGCACCAGGGAGUCUUUGGUGAUGUACGAGUAGGCUGGGAAAUCUUGUCCAGUGGGUUUGCUGCUGGUUUGCCCCCAAUGGUGGACUUUUUACUGGUUGGAAUUUUCCCUGGUGCUGUGCAGUUACAGCCGCACGUGCGCCGUCACCAUAGCGGAACAGAUGCUUUGUACUUCAGUGGACUAGAGGGUGCGUUUGGGACUGUUCAUCCGAAAUACCACCCGUCUAGGAAUAACACCAUUGCACACUUUACGUUUUCAGCUUGGGUAAUGCCUAGUGCUAGAACGAAUGGGUUUGUGAUAGCGAAGGAUGAUGGUAAUGGAAGCAUCUACUAUGGGGUAAAAAUUCAAACGAACGAAUCCCAUGUGACACUGUCCCUUCAUUAUAAAACUUUGGGGUCCAAUGCUACAUACGUUGCCAAGACAACGGUCAUGAAAUAUUUAGAAGAAGGUGUUUGGCUUCAUCUUCUGAUUAUCCUGGAUGAUGGCAUAAUUGAAUUCUACCUGGAUGGAAGUGCAAUGCCCGGAGGAAUCAAGAGUCUGAAAGGAGAAGCGAUAACUGAUGGUCCCGGAACCCUGAGGAUUGGGGCAGGCACGAAUGGCCACGACAGGUUCACGGGAGUGAUGCAGGACGUGAGGGCCUAUGAGCGGAAACUGGCCCCGGAGGAAAUCCACGAGCUUCACGCUAUGCCCGCGAAGAGUGACUUACACCCCGUUUCUGGCUAUCUGGAGUUCAGGCAGGGAGAAACUAACAAAUCAUUUAUUGUUUCUGCAAGAGAUGACAAUGAAGAGGAAGGAGAAGAAUUAUUCUUUCUUAAAUUAGUCUCUGUGUAUGGAGGAGCUCACAUUUCUGAAGAAAACACCACAGCAAGAUUAAUAAUACAGAAGAGUGACAAUGCCAACGGCCUGUUCGGUUUCACAGGAGCUUGUAUCCCAGAGGUCGCAGAGGAGGGAGCCACCGUUUCCUGUGUGGUGGAGCGCACGAGGGGCGCCCUGGACUACGUGCGUGUGUUUUACACCAUCUCACAGAUCGGAUCUGAAGGUGUUAAUUACCUCGUGGACGAUUUUGCUAAUGUCAGCGGCUCUAUCACCUUCCUUCCUUGGCAGAGAUCUGAGGUCCUGAAUAUAUACGUUCUUGAUGAUGAUAUCCCUGAGCUCAAUGAGUAUUUUCGGGUGACCCUGGUCUCCGCUGUUCCUGGAGACGGGAAGCUGGGUUCCACUCCCACCAGUGGCGCCAGCAUCGAUCCUGAGAAGGAGACCACAGACAUCACCGUCAAGGCCAGCGACCACCCCUACGGCUUGCUGCAGUUCUCCACAGAGCCGCCUCCCGGGCUGGAGGACGCUAUGAGCCUGCCUGCCCGCAGCGAGCCUUGCCUCACCGUGCAGGAGGAGGACGGACAAGUCCAGCUGCUGGUGGUGCGCGCGCAGGGCCUGCUGGGAAGGGUGACGGCGGAGUUCCGAACCGUGGCCUUGACAGCAUCCAGCCCAGAGGACUACGAGAGUGCUGCUGGCACGUUAGAAUUUCAACCAGGAGAAAGAUAUAAAUACAUUUUUGUCAACAUCACUGAUAAUUCUAUCCCUGAGCUGGAGAAGUCUUUUACAGUCGAGUUGCUAAACUUGGAGGGAGGAGUGGCGGAAAUCUUUAGGGGUGAUGGCAGUGGUAGUGGUGAUGGGGACACGGAUCUCUUCCUCCCGGCUACUCACAGACGUGCCAGCCUAGGAGUGGCUUCCCGGAUCCUGGUGACCAUCGCCGCCUCUGACCACGCACACGGCGUGUUUGAGUUUAGCCCCGAGUCGCUCUUUGUCAAUGGAACUGAACCAGAAGAUGGGUACAGCACUGUUUUGUUAAGUGUGGUGAGGAGUCAUGGGGCUCUGUCCCAGGUGACCUUGCGUUGGAGAAUAGACUCAGACCCUGAUGGUGAUCUUGCCUUCACCUCUGGCAACGUCACCUUCGAGAUUGGGCAGACGCGCGCCCACAUCACUGUGGAAGUCCUGCCAGAUGAAGAGCCUGAGCUGGAUAAGGCAUUCUCAGUGUCAAUCCUGAAUGUCUCUAGAGGCUCCUUGGGAGUUCACACCAAUGCCACGCUAAUAGUUUUGGCCAGUGACGAUCCUUGUGGGGUAUUUGUUUUUUCUGCAGAAAAUAGACCUAUGACAGUCGAGGAAGUGACCCAGAAUGUCACGUUAUCAAUAGUCAGGCUGAGAGGCCUCCUGGGGAGCGUCAGUGUUUCCUAUGCAACAGUAGAUGAUCUGAAAAAACCAGCGUACUUUCCACCGAAUUUAGCCAGAGCGACUCAAGGAAGAGACUACGUGUCCGCUUCCGGGUCUGCUCUCUUCAGAGCCAAUCAGAGCGAAGCAGCAAUCACCGUCUCGAUUCUGGAUGAUGAUGAACCAGAAAGAUCGGAGUCCGUGUUUGUUGAGCUGCUCGGUGCCGUUUUAAUGGAGAAAGUACAGGAUCGACCAAUUCCCAACUCACCUCGCCUCGGGCCUCCGGUGGAAGCCACCGCGCAUCUCAUCAUCCUCGCCAACGAUGACGCCUUCGGGAUGCUGCAGCUCUCGGCCCCGCUGGUCCGAGUGGCAGAAAAUCACGUGGGGCCCAUCAUCAAUGUGACUAGGACAGGAGGGGCCUUCGCAGAUGUUUCCGUGAAGUUUAAAGCCGUGCCAAUAACUGCAGUUGCUGGUGAAGACUAUAGUAUAGCUUCAUCAGACGUGGUCUUGCUAGAAGGGGAAACCAGUAAAGCUGUGCCAAUAUAUGUCAUUAAUGACAUCUCCCCUGAGCUGGAAGAGACUUUCCUCAUACAGCUGCUGAAUGAAACAACAGGAGGAGCCAAGCUCGGCGCUUUAACAGAGGCGAUCAUUAUUAUUGAGGCUUCCGACGACCCCUACGGAUUAUUUGGUUUUCAGAUUACUAAACUUAUUGUAGAGGAACCUGAGUUUAACUCAGUGAAGGUAAACCUGCCAAUAAUUCGAAAUUCUGGGACACUCGGCAAUGUCACUGUUCAAUGGGUUGCCACCAUUAAUGGACAGCUCGCUACUGGUGACCUGCGAGUUGUCUCAGGUAAUGUGACCUUUGCCCCUGGGGAAACCAUUCAAACCUUGUUGUUAGAGGUCAUGGCUGACGACGUUCCGGAGAUCGAAGAGGUCAUUCAAGUACAGCUAACUGAGGCCUCGGGUGGAGGUACUCUUGGGUUAGAUCAUGUGGCAAAUAUUGUUAUUCCCGCCAACGAUAACCCUUACGGUACAGUGGCCUUUGUCCAGGCUGUUUAUCGCGUUCAAGAGCCCGUGGAAAGGAGUUCCUGUGCUAACAUAACUGUCAGGCGAAGCGGAGGGCACUUUGGUCAGCUGCUAUUGUUCUACAGUACUUCCGAUAUUGACAUAGUGGCCCUUGCAGUUGAGGAAGGUCACGAUUUACUGUCCUACUACGAGUCACCUGUGCACGGGGUUCCUGACCCGCUUUGGAGGACGUGGGUGAAUGUCUCUGUGGAGAGGGAGCCACGGUACACGUGCGCCAUGCUGUGCCUCCGAGAGCAGGCUUGCUCCGCCUUUUCAUUUCUCAGUGCUGCUGAGGGUCCUCAGUGCUUUUGGGUAACCUCAUGGGUCAGCCCAGCUGUCAACAGUUCUGACUUCUGGACCUACAGGAAAAACAUGACCAGGGUGGCGUCUCUGUUUAGUGGUCAGGCUGCUGCCGGUAGUGACUAUGAGCCUGUGACGAGGCAGUGGGCCUUCAUGCUGGAAGGCGAUGAGUUUGCAAAUCUCACAGUUUCUAUUCUUCCCGAUGACCUGCCAGAAGUGGAUGAGAGCUUCCUCAUUUCUCUCCUUGAAGUUCGCCUCAUGAACAUCACAGCCAGUUUUAAAAAUCAGCCAACCAUAGGACAGCCAAACACUUCCACAGUUGUCAUAGCACUCAAUGGAGAUGCCUUUGGGGUGUUUGUGAUCUACAGUAUUGGCCCCAACACUUCAGAAGAUGGCUCAUUGGUGGAAGUUCAGGAACAGCUGCAAACUGUGGUGGAGCUGGUGAUCCACAGGACUGGGGGCAGCUUGGGUCAGGUGACCGUGGAAUGGCGAGUCGUUGGUGGGACAGCUACCGAAGGUUUAGAUUUUAUAGGUGCUGGGGACAUUCUGACCUUUGCUGAAGGUGAAACCAAGAAGACGGCCCUUCUGACCAUUCUGGAUGACUCUGAGCCAGAAGAUGACGAGAGCAUCGUGGUUAGCUUGGUGUACACGGACGGCGGCAGCAGGAUCUUGCCCAGCUCGGACACUGUGCGCGUGAACAUCCUGGCCAACGACAACGUGGCAGGAAUCAUUAGCUUUCAGACAGCUUCCAGGUCCGUCAUAGGUCACGAAGGAGAAAUUUUGCAAUUCUAUGUGGUAAGAACGCCUCCUGGUCGAGGAAAUGUUACUGUUGACUGGAAAAUUAUUGGGCAGAAUCUAGAACUCAAUUUUGCUAACCUCACUGGACAACUCUUCUUUCAUGAGGGGACGUUGAAUAGAACAAUAUCCGUGCAUCUGUUGGAUGACAACAUUCCAGAGGAGAAAGAAGUGUACCAGGUCAUUCUGUAUGAUGUCAGGACGCAAGGGGUUCCACCAGCGGGAGUGGCUUUGCUCGACACUCAAGGAUAUGCCGCUGUCUUGACGGUCGAAGCCAGUGAUGAGCCGCAUGGAGUUUUAAACUUCGCUCUUUCAUCAAGAUUUGUUUUACUACAAGAGGCUAACGUGACGGUUCAGCUUUUCAUCAAUCGGGAAUUUGGAUCUCUAGGGACUAUCAAUGUCACAUAUGCUACGGUGCCUGGAACAUUGAGUCUGAAUAAUCAAACGGAAGGAGACCUCGCAGAGCCGGAAGUUGAUUUCAUCCCAGUAGUUGGCUUUCUGAUUUUAGAAGAAGGGCAAACGUCAGCUGCCAUCAACGUCACUAUACUUGAGGAUGCUGUACCAGAGCUGAAAGAAUACUUCCUGGUGAACUUGACUUCUGUCGAACUCCUCCUGGCGCCUGUGACUUCGUUUCCCCCCAGGCUGGAUUCAGAAGGCUUGACUGCACAAAUCGUCAUUGACGCCAACGAUGGUGCCCACGGCAUGGUCGAGUGGCAGCGUAGCAGGCUUGAAGCCAGUGAGGCCCACGGAAGUGUGACCCUGGCAGUGCAGAGAAGCCCAGGAGCCCCGGGCCAGGUCUCCUUGUUCGUGUAUGCUCAGAAUGUGGAGGCCCAGCUCGGGCUGGACUACGUCUUCACGCCCACGAUUCUUCACUUUGCUGCUGAAGAAAGGCAAAAAAAUAUAGACAUUGUCAUCCUGGAUGAUGAUAUUCCAGAAGGAGAUGAAAAAUUUCAGCUCAUCUUAACAAAUCCUUCUCCGGGACUGGAGCUGGGUGCAAACACAAUAGCCGCCAUCACCAUCCUGGCCAACGACGAUGGCCCUGGAGUCCUGUCCUUCAACAACAGCGAGCACUUUUUCCUGCGGGAGCCAGCGGCUGUCUACGUGCAAGAGAGCGUCGCAGAGCUCUAUGUGGUCCGGGAGCCCACACAAGGGCUGUUCGGGACUGUGACUGUGCAGUUCAAGGUGACAGGAGUGAACUCCUCAGAGGAGUCCAAGGAUCUGACCCCCUCCCGGGGCUACAUUGUUUUAGAAGAAGGAGUCCGAGUCAAGGCCCUACACAUAUCUGCCGUAUUAGACGCGGAACCAGAAAUGGAUGAGCACUUUGUCUGCACCUUGUUUAACCCAACUGGAGGUGCUAGACUAGGGGCGCACGUUCAAACCCUGAUCACGGUUCUGCAAAACCAGGCCCCUCUGGGGCUGUUCAGUAUCUCUGCUGUUGAAAAUAGAGCCACCUCUGUUAACACCGAAGAAGCCAACAGGACUGUGUACUUAAACGUGUCCCGGACUAAUGGCAUUGACCUAGCCGUGAGUGUGCAGUGGGAGACAGUGUCUGAGACAGCGUUCGGCAUGAGAGGAAUGGAUGCUGUUUUGUCAGUAGUUCAAAGUUUUUUGAAUGAGUCAACUUCUGGCUGGUGUUUCUUUACUUUGGAAGGUUCGGUAUAUGGUAUAAUGUUAAGAAAAUCGUCAUUUACUCUUUAUCGAUGGCAAGGGAUUUUUAUUCCACUUCAGGAGGUAAAUAUAGAAAAUCCUACAAUGUGCGAAGCCUUUCAUAUUGCUCUUUCCCCCUACUUUGUAAUCACUCAUGAAGAAAAAAAUGGAGAAACGCCUUCUGCUAAUAGUGUGUAUACGUUAACAUCUGGAUUGAAAUUACUCCUGGUUCAAACAAUUAUUGUUUCGGAAAGUUCUCAAGUAAGAUAUUUCACUGCAGACAACCAAGACUAUUUAAUUAUUUCAAGUCAAAGAGAUGAUUCCAAAUUCACUCAGGUCUUCAGGUGGCGUGGAGGAAGCUUCGCGCCACACCAGAAGCUCCCCGUGCAAGGGGUGCUGGCCGCGGCCCCAUUCGCCAGAGGCGGCUCGGCGUUCCUGGCCAUGGCACAGGCCGACCCCCAGCUCCCGGCCCUCGUGUUCAGGUGGUCCGGUGGUGCGUUCGUCUCCUCGCAAGAGGUUCCUGUCACCGGCUCGGCACACCUAGAGGCUCUGUCUUUGGACAAUGAUAUUUACUUAAUUUUCGCCAAAAAUGUCUCUGUAGGAGCUGAGAGCUCAGCCGAUGUUUUCGUCUGGGAGACGGGCCAGCCCUCGUUCAGGUAUUUCCAGGCCCUGGACGUCGCUGCUGUGAACAGAAUCCGUGCCUUCACGCCGGCCUCGGGCAUAGCCCAUGUACUUCUGACCGGCCCAGAGGUGUCCACUCUUUACUGCUGGGAUUCGGGGCAGAACCGAUUCUCUUUCCUGCUGGAAGCCCCCUCUGCGCACGCUGCAGCAGCUGUCACAGUGAGGUCUCUGAAUUCCAGCAGGAGCUUGAUCUCGGUGGCAGGUGACCCCCACGCCUUCGUGCUGGAGCUGGCCUCCGUCUCCAGCCAGUCCGACUUUGUCCCCAGCUCAGGUGAACUGGUAUUUGAACCCGGCAACAGAGAAGCUAUAAUAGCAGUGAAUAUCCUGGAUGAUUUGGUUCCAGAAGAGGAGGAGUCCUUCAGGGUGCAGCUUAAAAACCCCACAGGAGGGGCAGAGAUCGGCAGCCAAGGCUCUGUGAAAAUAACAAUCCUGUCUAACGAUGACGCCUAUGGAGUGGUUGCGUUUGCCCAGAACUCAUUAUAUAAACAAGUGGAAGAAAUGGAGCAAGAUAGCCUUGUCACCUUGAAUGUUGAGCGCCUGAAAGGGACAUAUGGUCGAGUGACAGUGUCGUGGGAAGCCGAAGGGAGUGUUAGCGACAUCUUUCCUACCUCAGGAGUGCUUUCAUUUGCGGAAGGCCAGGCACUGUCCACAAUCACUCUGACUGUUCUUGCUGAUGACACGCCAGAGUUAUCCGAGGUGGUGACCAGGGUGCAGGAACUGCCUGGCCUGGCCCAGAUGCACUCAUCUCUGGGGGUAGUGCAGAGCAUCCUGCAGGAGUUUGGAACAGCACUGACAGCAAACAGAAGCACUUACUUACUGGGGCAUGUUUAUCUCACAGAGAACGCCACCGUUCUUCACUUAGAAAUUGUUCGAGAAAAAGGACUAUUUGGGGACAUUGCUAUUCACUUGACAGCCAAACCUAACUUCUUACUGCACAUCAACAAUCAAGCUACUGAGAAUGAAGAUUAUGUCCUGCAAGAAACAAUAAUAAUAAUGAAAGAAAACACCAAAGAAACUCAUGCCAAAGUUGCCAUUCUGCCAGAUGAUGCGCCUGAGCUGGAGGAAGGAUUUGUGGUCACCAUCACCGAGGUGACCCUGGUCAACUCAGACUUCCCUGCAGAGCAGCCGCGCGUGCGCAGACCUGGCCGGGAGAUGGCUGAGAUAGUGAUCGAAGAAAACGAUGACCCCAGGGGCAUUUUUAAGUUUCAAGUUACCAGGGACACGCGAGGAGCUGUCGCUGCCCACGAGCUGCCUCCGCCCCGGGGUGUGCUGCGGGUCCCCGUGGUCCGGCUGGCCGGGAGCUUCGGGCCGGUGAGCGUCCAGUGGACAGCCACGCCGGGCAGCGCGGGUGCCCAGGACUUCGCGCCGCCACGCGGGACGCUGGACUUCGCAGACGGGCAGGUUACUGCAGUGAUAGAAAUCACCAUCACUGAUGACACUGAAUACGAACUCAUGGAGAUGUUCAGCCUCACCUUGACCAGUGUGUCGGGAGGUGGCACACUUGGUGACGAUGUUCUGUUAACUGUCGUUAUCCCACCAAAUGAUUCUCCCUUUGGAAUCUUUGGAUUUGAAGAACAAACUGUAAUGGUUGAUGAGUCCCUUCCACCUGAUGACCCUGAUUCCUAUGUGACAUUGACGGUUGUCCGGUCCCCAGGAGGAAAAGGUGCUGUGCGACUUCAGUGGAUGUUAGAGGACAAAGCAAAGGACACCCUCAGCCCUUUGAAUGGAAUACUUCACUUUGAUGAGACGGAGUCCCAGAAGACCAUCGUUCUGAGCGUGCUCCAGGACGCCGUGGGGCAGCAGGACAGGAGCUUCACCAUUCAGCUGAUGGCGGCGGGGGACGAGGUAGAGAUCUCUCCGGGAAAGGGUAGAGCAUCCAUCAUCCUGAGGGGUGAGAAGGCAGCGUCGGGGGAAGUUGGGAUCGCUCUGACGUCCAGGCAUGUCCUCAUUGGGGAGCCCUCGGCCACGUACAAUGGCACGGCUGUUAUCAGCCUUGUCCGUGGCCCUGUGCUCUGGGGAGAGGUGACAGUGUGGUGGAGAAUCUCCCCUCCUUCCACGGGGGAGUUUGCUGAAACUGUGGGGAAGCUGACCAUGCAGAAUGGACAGUCGGCGGCCACCGUGGUCAUUCAGGCAUUGAAUGAUGACAUACCUGAGGAGAAGCGUUUCUAUGAGUUCGAACUCAUAGACAUCAGUGAGGGUGCGGGGCUGCGCACCUCCAGCCGCACAGCCAACAUCACCAUGGUGGCCAGCGAUGACCCCUAUGGCCACUUUGCCUUUUCCCAGGAGCAGCUCCAGGUGUUGGAGGAAGUGCAGAAGGUGAACAUCACGGUGGCCCGGGCAGGCGGCUCCCUUGGCCUGGUGAUGCUGUGGUUUGAGACAGCUGGUGGCACCGCAGACGCAGGCCUGGACUUUGUCCCCGUGGCUGGGCAGCUGCUCUUUGAGCCAGGAGAGCUGGUUAAAGGGCUGCAGGUUGAGGUCCUUGACGAUGACCACCCGGAAGGCCCCGAGGACUUUUCUCUAGCAAUUAUGAAGGUGGAGCUCCAGGGAAGAGGGUAUGAUUUUACCAUCCAAGAAAAUGGACUUCAGAUAGAUCAACCUCCUGAAAUAGGAAACAUCUCCACUGUUCAAAUCAUAAUAAUGAAAAAUGAUAACGCAGAAGGCAUCAUUGAAUUUGACCCGAAGUAUACGGCCUUCGAAGUGGAGGACGCGGGGACGGUGGCGAUCCCGGUGCUGAGGCUGCGUGGGACGUACGGCCGCGUGACGGCCGAGUUCGUGGCUCACAGCCCCUCCGCGGUCCCGGGAGGCGUGGACUUCACCCUGCACGGCGCCUCGGUGGUCACCUUCCAGCACGGGCAGAACCUGAGUACGGGCGGCGCGCUCCUCGGGCGCCACCUGGAGAGCAGGCUCCGCGUGGCCGGCCGCGCCCCGCCCGCCGGCCUGGUGCGCUUCCUCAACGCCAGCGCCGUGUCGCUCCCCAACCCGGGCGCCGCCACGCCGCUGUCCCUGCUGCUCGAGCGCACCGGAGGACUCCGCGGAGAGGUCCAGGUAGACUGGCGCAUCGAGGGCCCCAACUCUGAGGAGGCCUGGUCACCCCACAAUCGGGACAUCCAGCCCAUGAAUGGCUCCUUGUACUUUGCGGACGGAGAGGGAGGCGUGAGAAGCAUCCUCCUGACCAUCCCCCCACGCAACGCAACAGAGCCGGAGGAGACGUUUACAGUUCAGCUACAGCUUGUGAAAGGAGAAGCUAGAUUAGACUCUAGAGCUAACGCCGUUGCAUUAACGAUUGGAAAGUUUGGUGACCCAAAUGGUAUUGUGUCCUUUGUCCCUGAGUCCACAAUUGGGAAGACCUAUUUGGAGCCGCUGGCCACAGAAGGGCCACUGGUCAUAACUUUCUUUGUCAAAAGAGUCAAAGGCACUUUUGGAGAAAUCACGGUUUACUGGGAAUUGAGUAGUGAGUUUGAUGUCGCUGGAGACUUUCUUUCCACAAGUGGCAUCUUCACGAUUGCUGAUGGUGAGAGCGAAGCGAGCUUUGACGUUCACUUGCUGCCGGAUGACACUCCCGAGACGGAAGAAUCAUAUGCCAUCCAGCUGGUUUCUGUCCAGGGAGGAGCAGAGCUGGACCUGGGCAACAGCAUCGCAUGGUUCUCCGUGGCGGCCAAUGAUGACCCUCACGGAGUGUUUGCCCUGUAUGCAGAGCACCAGUCGAUACUUAUCGGGGAGAACCUCGUGCGAUCCAUCCACAUUAAUGUAACCCGGCUUGCUGGAACCUUUGGAGAUGUGGCUGUUAAAUUUCAGAUUCUGUCUGAGCUUAAAGAACAGCCAGUUGCUACUGAGCAUGCGGAAGGGCAGCUGGUGGUUGAAGAUGGCGCAACGUGUAAAGUGGACACAGUGCCAAUAAAGAACCAGGUCUUUCUGUCCCUGGGCUCCAAUUUCACCUUGCAGCUGGUGACCGUGACGCUCCUUGGUGCACCUUUUAGUGGCAGUCCAAGAAUUCUCCAGGAAGCCAAGUCCACUGUCCUUCCUGUCCCAGAGAGUGCUGCCAAUUCCCAGGUUGGAUUUGAAUCCACGGCUGUCAGGCUCACAGACAUCACUGGUGGCAGGAGCCAGGUGACCGUCUCCAGGAGGGGCACAUUUGGUGUGCUUGUGGUGGCCUGGACCACUGGCUACGCUCCUGGCUGGGCAAUCCCCGAGCCUGUGGUCAUUGGCAACAUGACCCCUGUGCUGGGGAGCCUGGCUUUCGCCCACGGUGAGGGGAGGCAGCGGGUGUCGCUGUGGAUGCUCCCCAGCGCAGGCCGCACGGAGGCCUUUGUCAUCCACCUGGCCAGCGUGCGGAGCAGCGCCCCGGGCGGCGCUCGGCUUCGGCCAGGUUUCACCACUGCUGAAAUUGAACCGACAGGAAUCUUCCAGUUCUCCCCUAGUUCAAGAAACGUGACGGUGUUGGAGGAUGCCCGGUUGGUCAGGUUACGAGUGCAGAGGCUCUACGGGUUCCAAGGUGAUCUUAUUAGGGUCUCCUAUGAGACAGCUGCAGGAAGCGCCCAGCCCGUGGAAGACUUCGAGCUGAUUCAGAGCGGGGAAAUGUUCUUUCACAAAUUCCAAGCAGAGGUUGAUUUUGAGAUAACCAUUAUUAAUGAUCAGAUUCCUGAGAUGGAAGAAAUUUUUUACAUUAAUCUCACUUCUGUGGAAAUGAAGGGACUAGAAAAGUUGGAUGCCAAUUGGCGACCACGCCUGAACCUAGAUUUCAGGGUUGCAGUGAUCACAAUAUUGGAUGACGACCACCCAGCAGGCACAGAUGUUUCUGUCCCCACGACAGGUGUGGCUGUGGCAGCUGACAGCACUGUCGUCCCCCUAGACACCCACACCACCACCCAGCCUGGGACAGGCAGGACAACUGCCCUUCCACAGGCAACUGACAUGGUUGCCAUUGUUACUGAGGCAUCUGGUACAUCUGCCACCCCUGAGAAACUUGUCACCCUCCAUGGGACAUCCACCUUGGCUGACCGGCCUGCUGUAGCCAGUGUUUCCAUCCACGGAACAUUUAGUAUUGGACCUGCCAUUGUUUACGUGCAAGAGGAGAUGAAAAAUGGCACAAUCAGUACUGCAGAAAUUCUCAUCCGAAGGACAGGUGGAUUUGCCGGAAAUGUCAGCAUCACAGUUAGAACCUUUGGAGAAGGGUGUGCUCAAAGGGAGCCACAUGCUUUGCCCUUUCAGGAUGCCACCAGGAUGGCCAACCUGAGCUGGGCAGUGGAGGAGGAUGACUUCGAGGAGCAAAUGCUGACCCUCACGUUCCUAGAUGGAGAAAGAGAACGGAGAGUGUCGAUUCCCAUCGUGGACGAUGAGGAGCCCGAGGGGCAGGAGUUCUUCUAUGUGUUCCUCGCCGACCCUCAGGGGGGAGCGCAGAUCGUAGAGGGAAGGGACGAUGCUGGAUUCGCAGCCUUUGCCCUGGUUAUUAUUACAGGAAGUGACUUGCACAACGGCAUCGUGGGAUUCAGCGAGGGCUCCCAGAGGGAGCUGGAGCUGGGGGCAGGACCUGAGGAGAGAAGGCUGCGCCUCGUCGUCACAAGGCAGCCCAACAGGGCCUUUGAAGAUGUCCAGGUCCACUGGAGAGUCUCCCUGAACGAAUCAGCCGUUAUACUUGAGAAGGAAGCAGUGAACCUGCGGGAUGAAAUGCUGGCUGUCUCGGGGACCACAACGUGUUCAGCGGGCCAGGCACAGUGCUUCAUCAGCCUGGAGCUCAGACCCGAGAAGAUGCCUCUGGUUGAAACGCAUCAUUUCUUCGUGGAGCUCUAUGAAGUCACUGCCGGAGCCGCGAUAAAUGACAGUGCCAGAUUCGCGCGGGUUAAGGUCCUCCCGAGCCGCGGGGCUCAGAGCCUCAUCUCCUUCGCUGUGGGCUCUCGGCUGGCAGUGGUGCAGAGGAAAGCCUCGCUUGUCAGCCUGCAGGUGGCCAGAGACCCCGGGACGGGGCUGAGGGGGUCUGUUAACUUCAGCACCCAGGAACUGGGGAGUGGUGAAAUGAUUGGUCGGACUCUUGUAUCGCCAGCUAUUUCUGGGAAGGAUUUUGAGAGUGCUGAAGGCAUGCUGCUUUUUGAGCCCGGCCAGAGAAACACUGUGUUGGAGGUCGUCCUGAUGCCAGAGACCGGAUCCUCCAGUCCCUUUCCUAAGCGCUUUCAGGUUGUGCUUUUUGGCCCUAAAGGUGGUGCCAGAAUCCACGAAGUCUAUGGGACCGCCAACGUCACUCUUGUCUCUGACGCAGCCUCGCAGGCCCUGUGGGGGCUUGCGGAUGAGCUGCAGCAGCCCCUGGACGAGGAUAUCCUCAGGCAAGUGCUGCAUGGCAUCAGCGUUAGAGUGGCCACUGAGAGCACAGAAGAGCAGCUCAGCGCUGCGGUGCAUCUGAUUGAGAAGAUAACUGUGGAAGGAAGAAAUCAAGGUUUUAGUAUUGAAAGCCGAACUCUUCUUUACGAGAUUCUCUGUGCUCUCGUUAACCCAAAGCGAGAAGACACCAGAGGGUUCAGUCACUUCACUGGCGUGACUGAGAAUUUUGCCUUUUCUCUGCUGACCGAUGUCCCCUGUGGCUCUGCUGCUGAGAAAAGCAAAACCAUCCUUGACAGCUGCCCAUACUUGUCAAUACUGGCUGUGCACUGGGGCGCCCAGCAGAUCAACGGGCACAAGUUUGAAGGAAGAGAAGGCGAUUAUAUUCAGAUUCCUGAAAGGUUUUGGGACGCUCCGGAUGCAGAAGCGGAGCCUACAGACACUGCCUGUAAAUUAGUCCAGUUUACAGAGUAUAGCAGCCAGCAGUGGUUUGUGACUGGAAGCAGCCUUCCUGCCCUGAAAAGUAAGGUGUUAUCGUUGAGUGUGAAGGGCCAGAGCUCACGAGUCCUGGCCAACAACAAUGAAGUUCUCUACAGGAUUUAUGCUGCUGAGCCCAGAAUUGUUCCUCAGACGUCCCUCUGUCUCCUUUGGAAUCAGGCCACCGAAAGCUGGUGGUCUGACAGCCCGCUGUGCAGGGUGGUGAGGGACACCGCGGACCACGUGGACUGCGCCUGCUCGCACAUGUCUGUGUAUGCCGUCUACGCUCAGAUGCACAACUUGUCCACAUACAACGAAGCCUUCUUCUCUUCUGGAUUCAUAUGUAUCUCAGGGCUCGGCCUGGCCAUCCUGUCUCACACCUUCUGCACCAGGUGCUCCAUGUUUGCGGCGAAGCUCCUGACUCACAUGCUGACCGCCAGCCUGGGGACGCAGGUCAUGUUCCUGGCAUCUGCUUACGCGAGUCCCCGACUCUCUGCAGAGGGCUGCUCCGCCAUCGCCGCUGUCACGCACUACCUGUAUCUCUGCCAGUUCAGCUGGAUGCUUGCCCAGUCGGUGAAUUUCUGGUACGUGCUGGUGAUGAGCGACGAGCACACGGAGCGACGGGCCCCGCUGCUCCUCCUCCUGGGCUGGGGGCUGCCGUCCCUCGUGGUGAUCCUGCUCAUCGUGGUCCUGAGAGGGGUCCAUCAGCAGGGCAUGCCGCAGAUCUACGGCCUCGUUCAUGGAGACCUGUGCUCCAUCCCCAACGUGUACGCGGCGCUGUUUGCUGCAGGCCUGGCGCCCCUGGCAUGCCUCGUGGUGGCAUUCGUGGUGUUCGUGCAUGCCUACCAGGUGAAGCUGCAGUGGAAGGCCUAUGACGACGUGUUCAGAGGGAGGACCAACGCCACAGAAAUCCCGCUGAUUUUGUAUCUCUUUGCCCUGAUUUCUGCAACAUGGCUCUGGGGAGGCCUGCACGUGGCCUACAGACGCUUCUGGAUGCAGGUCCUCUUCGUCAUCUUCAACAGUCUUCAGGGCCUCUACGUGUUCGUGGUGUACUUCGUCCUGCACAACCAGACGUGCUGUCCCCUGAAGGCCAGCUACACCGUGGAGGUGAACGGCCACCCGGGCCCCAGCCCGGCCUUCUGCACGCCCGGGAGCGCGAUGCCGGCGGCGGGCGAGGAGGUCAGCAAGUCCACGCAGAACCUCAUUGGCGCCCUGGAGGAGGUGCUGCCCGACUGGGAGCGCGCAUCCUUCCAGCAAGCCAGCCAGGCCAGCCCUGACCUGAAGAGCAGCCCGCAGAACGGCGCCCCCUUCCCUUCCCCGGGCGGGUUCAGCCAGGGCUCGCUGAUCGCCGAUGAGGAGUCCCAGGAGUUUGAUGACCUGAUCUUUGCGCUGAAGAGUGGGGCUGGCCUCAGCGUGAGUGAUGCGGAGUCAGGCCAAGGCAGCCAGGAGGGCGGCACGCCGAGUGAGUCGCAGAUCGUGGAGCUGCGGCGGAUCCCCAUCGCGGACACGCACCUCUAGCCGGGGUGGAGAGCGCCCACGCGAGCCCCCGACUGUGGAGCUCCCCGCGCCUUCGCGCUUUCUAAUCGCCCCACUUGGCAACUCUGUCUAAAUGAGAGUAAUCAAUAAAAGCAG